AUGAUGCCGGUGAACGGGCGGAAGUUCGUGCGCGUAGUGAAGUAUUUACUGGCGGGUGUGACGGUGUUCUGCGUCAGCUGGAUAGCAUGUGUGAACGAGUGGCACGCAGGGGUACGGUGGACCAGCAGCCGGGCUCAGCUGGGGCGCGCCAUAUCCACCAUGAGGACCAUCGUGGCGUACUCCGAAGGCAAGCAGGCCGAGAUGGACCGCCCCACACCGCUCACCUGUGACAGUUUACCAGUUUUUCCCAAGAUAAAUCAUAUCAAUCGCAGUUGGCCUGGUGAAGGGCGGAAUGCGCUGGAGUGGCAGCAUGUAGCUGGUACGCGCGUAUCAUUGUACGCCGCGUAUUACGACGACCGUACUGCGCAACGCUACGUGAGAAUUCUUGCUACUUUCCAUGGACGUAAUUAUUCAACGGAAGACGCGCUGUUCUGUCAAACGCGUUCGAGAAACGGAAACUUGAUUGAAGAUACGGUAGAAGUUGUUGCAGCGAAGCCACUGGAAAUUUGGUGGCACAAGUGGGACUUUACACCUUCAGAAGUGGAUACACCGUUGCUACUGUCUUGCCCUCUCACUGAACCUCUAUCUGGACCAUCAGUCGUAUCAGUAGUGACAGAACCUUGUGACAAUCCUUCUAAUGCUUUUGAAUUGAAACCCAUCAAAGACACAAAUAAAAGAUCACGAACGUUCACAAUUUGUGUCAAAGACAUGAACUUUGAUAAAGACAUAUCACAAAGCUUAGUAGAAUGGAUCGAAACAAAUAAAAUACUCGGUGUGGAUUUGAUAGAUAUGUAUGUAGAUGAAGUCACAGAGAAGACAAAGAGGGUUUUAUUGCACUAUCAAGAUAAGGGUCUAGUUAGACUGUUCCAUGUUCCUAUUAAACAUAAGUCAGGAAGAUCUCUCUGGCAACGACGGAGAGACCAUAUUUUAACUUAUAAUGAUUGUUUAUAUAGAAAUGUAAAAGAAUCUGAGUACAUUGUUCCACUAGAUAUUGAUGAAGUAGUUCUGCCAAAAAUUGCUAAUACCUGGCCAGAGUUACUCAAUCGUUUUAAUAACUAUGGAUGGAAUUCGUCCGAACGUUCCUCCAUAAUGAUACAAAAUGUAUUUUUCUUUGAUUUUAUGCAAGAAGUUGAUAAGUACAGCUCAAAUGGGAGAGGUGUUAAAAGUAAAAUUUAUAUCAAAAGAGACGAUGUACGGAUUAAAGAUAAUGAUACUUUAGAAAUAGAUAAAAUAGAAUUAAUUGUAGAUUCAAAUAAUUUAAGUAAUGAAGUCAUAGAUGAUAGUCAAGACGAAGAAGUGCUAUAUGAUAAGUACAAAUCUAGGUGCGGUACUGAACUACCAACACCUAAAUUAGUAAAACACAUAGUGAGUUCGGCAGUGAUAAGUCCGAUAGGAUUCUAUAGCAAAAGCUGGAUGCUAACUAAGAAGGUUUUAACAGCAUUCAACCAUUACCCUUUGCAAAGCCUCGGGGCGUCAGGGUCCGUUGGCUGGUCAGCGCCCUUUAAAGAAGUGCAGCUCAAUCAUUACAAGGAGUCGUGCAACACGACGGUGGUGGGCGAGUGUGCUCGGUACGGGAGGCGCGCGCGCAUCGACCGCGCAGCGCUGCGCCUACGACUCCAACUCACGCGCGCUCUCGCUGACGCCAUCUGCACCGGAAUAAAUAUUAUCUGA